UGAAACUGAAACUUCUUCUUCAGAAUCGAAUUCCGAUGACUUGUUAGAUAAAAUAUGGAUGGUGAGACCAUGUGAAAUGUAUGUUCAAGAAUUUAAAGAAUGUACAAGUAAACAAGGGCGUGAGCAUCAAAUGUAUAUUUUCGGCAGACAUAUGAAUUGUAGUAAAUGGGAAGAGGAUAAGGAAAAUUGUUUUAAAUUAAGGAAUGGAAAUGACAGUUCAGCAGCUAUUAAGAUAAUCAAACAUGAAUUAAUCAGGAGAGAAAAGAGAAUGGCUGCUGCCAAAAACAAUGAUGUCUGGGAAUAUAGAACUGGACCUCCUGAUGAUUGGGAUAAACCUUUAAAAGGUUGGAUGGAACAAAAAGAGAACACAAACUUGACCGCCACCCAAGCGGUGGAAAAAGGACGAUCUUGUGUUAUUAGUUGAUACAAGCUCAUUCAAAGUUUAUAUUCUACUUUCUGUAAAUGAACUGAAGUGGUUUAUUGUAAUUGGGACAAGACUGUCCAAAACUGAAUUGAUAAAUGAUAGAUAGCCGUGAAUGCUGAAUGAUUACAAAAUGUUUGCUGAAAAUGUAUUUGGAGAUAAUAUCUUUACCCAACUGGGUAAAAUUACCAUUAUUAUCUGUAUAGGUUUUAUGAAAGAGAAGCUCAGUUGAUAAAUAUGCGAUAAGGUGUCACAGAAAUGUUGGUUACAAUCUCAAUAUUUUUACAACAAUUUUAAGGAGUAAAAUCAAAUUUACAAAAAAUGUAAAAGUGAAAGUUUACAGCUUACAUAAUUUAUUAGCAAAAACUCGUUUGGCAAGUGACUGGCAAUGAGGUACCAGCAGAAUCAAUCCGCUUGGUGGCACUGUAAUGAAAUAUGAUGUCUCUGUAGCGACUGAUAUAUAGACUUGUAUUCACUAAUCUAUAGUUCUGUUUAUCUGGGCAUAGCACCUAGAAUAGAAUUCUAACAAUGACCUAACCUAAGAGCAAAUCUAGAUGACUUUUAAUACAUUUUAUAUGUUUUUUAAGUUAGGUUACAUAUUUAUUUUUGUCUGACUCUGCAAUUGAUGGAAAAUUGAUAUUUUCUCGAAAAAUCAACUUCAAAGUACAGUUUCUCAGAAACACAUGUCAAUCAAAAAUAUUUGUUGAAAAGCGAACUCAAUUUCACUUUGUAAUAAGUGUAGCAUGUCUUGGUGUAAAUUUUAGGCUUCUGAUACAAUCUAGUAAAGACGUCAAGGUAGUGAUUUUGGUUUUUUAGACUUACAAAGACACUAGAAGUAUUAUUACUACAAUAGCAGAUGAUAAUAUCAGUGUCCUACAUCACUAGUAUUUGACUCAAUGGUGUUGAUACCUCAGUAUUUUCAGGAUAAACAGAUAUUAUUGUAGUUUAUUCUAUAUAAAAACAAAAAGUUUUCUUCUUGUUUUGUAGGUUUGUUUUAUUUGUUUAAAAAAUGAAUAAAAAUACUGAAACAAU